GAGGAGCAGACGGUACGCACAUCCUUCCUACCCACCAGAGAGGAUCAGUCACACAAGGGAAGGCUCAUCACACAUACAUACGCAUACAUCCAGCCACUACCAUCUCCUCGUCUCAUCGCACUCUCUCCCCCCUUCCGCAUCCCAUCCCACCUCUCCGGGCAUGAAUCCCAACGCCCGCAACUUCGCCUUCAACCCAUCUGCCCAGGGCUUUGCCCCUCCCCAGCAAGGGCAGCAGGGUCAGCAAGGUCAAUAUCAGCAGGAUCCCAAUGCCUACUACAACCAGGGCUACGGCGCCCAAGGUGGUCAGGCUCCCUACUACCAGCAGCAACCCCAGCAACAGGGAGGUGGCUACUAUGGAUCUGCCUAUGGCCAACCUCCACAGGCUGGCGCAGGAGCUGGAGUCGGUGGAGGAUACUAUGCUGGAUUUGGAUCGCAGCAGCAGCAGCAGCAGCCUGCCCAGCAAGGCGGAGCUGGUGUCGGCGUAGGCGGAGGAUAUGGGGGAUACCCUCAGCAACAGCAGCAGCAGCAACAAAGGGGUAUUCCAAGGCCACAACAAAGCGCUGCUGCCCCCGCCCCGAAGCCCGCUGGCAGUGGGCUGCCCCCUAGACCCUCGGCCACCAAUGCCGACGGCGAAGCUCGAAAGCCCGUCUCCCUCUCGCUCGGAGGAAGCACAUCAUCUGCAUCCUCAUCCGCUCCCCGCAAGCCAGUCAGCAUCAGCAUUGGCGGCGGUGGUGGUGGCGCUGCCGCCGCUGCUGCUGCCCCACCAGCCGACAAGAAGCCCGUCAGCAUCUCCAUUGGUGGUUCAUCAGCCAAAGCUGCAGCUCCGGCAGCAGCAGCAGCAGCCAAGCCUAGCGCCGAGAAUGAGGUCAAGCCUACCCCUCCUGCUGACACUGACAAUGCAGAACCUGCUCCUGCUGCUGCCGUUGCUAGCAUCAAGGCCGAAGAAGCUGCUCCUGCAGACGCCGUUGCUCCAUCUGCUGGCGAUGCUCCUGCUACUGCUCGGCCUGCCUCCCCUACUCCCAAUGCCACCGGCAGCACUUCCUCUACCACCCCAACAAAGACGGGAGGAAAGAGCGCAAAACAGUCUGCCAAGGUAGAGGCAAAGGUCGAAAAGUCGCAGACGGACGCUGAGAAGAUUCUCGCCGAGGCCAAGCAGGUGACGGAUGAAGAAACACUCAAGGACUUGUUCGGUGACAAGGCCGAGGACAUGAAGUCCCACCUCAACGUCGUCUUCAUCGGACACGUCGAUGCUGGAAAGUCGACCAUGGGUGGUAACCUCCUGUACCUCACUGGUAUGGUUGACAAGCGUACUCUGGAGAAGUACGAAAAGGAAGCAAAGGAUGCCGGAAGAGAGAGCUGGUACCUCUCGUGGGCGUUGGACUCGACUCCUCAGGAGAGGGAGAAGGGAAAGACGGUCGAGGUGGGACGAGCAUACUUUGAGACUGGCAAGAGGCGGUACACCAUCCUUGAUGCUCCAGGUCAUAAGACCUUUGUGCCCUCUAUGAUUUCCGGCGCCGCUCAGGCCGAUGUGGCCAUCCUGGUCAUCUCGGCUCGACGAGGAGAGUUUGAGACUGGAUUCGAAAAGGGUGGACAGACAAGAGAGCACGUGAUGCUGGUCAAGACGGCCGGUGUGCAGCGUCUGAUUGUCGUCAUCAACAAGAUGGACGAGGGCACGGUGAACUGGGAGGAGUCGAGGUACAAUGAGAUCACCGGCAAGCUCACGCCCUUCUUGAGGGGAUCUGGUUUCAACCCCAAGACGGACGUGGUCUUCAUUCCCGUCUCUGCCUAUGCUGGUCAGAACCUCAAGGAGCGCGUGCCCAAGGAGGUCUGCAGCUGGUACGAAGGUCCUGCUCUCCUCGAGUAUCUGGACGACCUCUCUCUGGGCGACCGCAAGAUCAAUGAUCCGCUCAAGAUGCCCAUCAGCGAAAAGUACGCCGACAUGGGUACGGUCGUUGUGGGCAAAGUGGAGAGUGGAAAGCUGAAGCGUGGUGACUCUCUGCUGCUGAUGCCCAACCGUACGAGUGUUGAAGUGGUGGGCAUUUUCAAUGAGCAAGAAGAGGAGGUGCCAGCGGCCAUUUCGGGAGACAAUGUCAGGAUCAAGAUCAAGGGCAUCGACUCGGAAGACGUCAAUGUAGGCUACGUUCUCACCGACCCGGCGAAGCCGGUGAAUGUAGUGACGCAAUUCGAGGCCCAGCUUGCCAUUCUGGAGCACAGGAACAUCAUCGCUGCUGGCUACUCGGCAGUGAUGCACGUGCACACUCUUUCAGAGGAGAUUACCAUUCCUGCUCUAUUGCACUACUAUGACAAGAAGACGGGCAAGAAGAGUAGGAAGCCCCCGCAAUUUGCUCGAAAGGGCAUGAAGAUUGUAGCCCUCAUCGAGACUACGGCGCCAGUGUGCAUCGAGCGCUUUGCAGAUUACCCACAAUUGGGACGAUUUACGGUGCGAGAUGAAGGCAGGACCAUUGGAAUUGGUAAAGUGACAAAGUUGCUCAAGAAGAGUGCAGUCACUGGAGAGACGGUGGGGUUGGGAGAGGUGGAGGAUGGAGUGGGUGCGAUGAAGGUCUAAGUGGGGAGUGGCUGUUGAAGCUGUGGAAUAGAUUGCGACCCGGCCAACCUCCACCGUUAUGCUGGGUCAGUCGCCCUGUCAGUCAGUCAGUCAGUCAGUCAGGUGGGCGUUAUGUGUGCUUCCUGCCUGUCUGCCUGCCUUGCCUAUCUGCGAUACAAUACAAUGCCAUGCCACUUCAAUCA